GACACCUUAAUGUGUACUUUAAAACAUUAUAUUAUGAGGUGAGUAAAACAUUUAUAAUAAACUUUACAACAUUUCCUUAUUAAAGUAUAAUUUGUUUGGAAGUUCUAAUGUUACUAUCCCCACAACAACAACAACAACAAAAUACUUAAAUACAUUUAGUUUCGUCCUUGAAGCAUUUAAAUUAAAUACUGUAGAAUCCCAUUCAUUCCUAUUCCUCCGACUGGAUGGCCGCGUGCUGGCUUCAAAGCCUCUCAUUGGCUAAAACAUAGCAUCAGCAAUACAGGGUUUAUAUACUUCAUUGGUCAGAUCACGAGAAGGGUGUAAUUGCAGACCGCAAUUAGGGAUGUUUUCUGAUAUCGCUGUUUAUUGAUGGGAAGUUACACCCAUUGACGCUCGCCAUUGGUCUGUGGGCGUUUCUUUCGUGUACGGUUGUAGGAGACAAUCACCAUGGCGAUGUUGACCACUCUUCUGCUUCUCAGCGCUGUCUUUGCUCUGGGAGAUGCAAGGCGUAGCAGAGGGGAUCGGCAUAAUCACUGUGACUCGGAGGAAAUCAUUCCUCCUCCGAAAGAUCCGUACGACUCAGAGGAAAACAGUUCUCCUUCGGAGGAACACAUUCCUCCUCCGAAAGAUUGGUCUGAUUCAAAGGAACACUUUCAUCCUCCGAAAGAUCGGUCUGAUUCAAAGGAACACAUUCAUCCUCCGAAAGAUCGGUCUGAUUCAAAGGAACACAUUCAUCCUCCGAAAGAUCGGUCUGAUUCAGAAGAAAACAUUCCUCCCCGGAAAGAGUGGCAUCACAGAGUCUGCCCAAACGGCUGGCACAGAUAUAAGACACACUGCUAUCACUACGUCCCCUUCAUGACCACAUGGCCAGAGGCAGAGAGGAAAUGUUUGCACUUGGGAGGUAACCUGGCGUCAGUGCACAGCCUUCCCCAGUAUCGUUUCCUUCAGUCUGUCAUCAGGAAGAGUACCAGGAAAGUCCAGCGUACCUGGAUAGGAGCCAACGACGCCAUCAAGGAGGGUCUCUGGCUGUGGAGCGACGGGUCCAGGUUUAACUACCAGAACUGGGGCCCGGGUCAACCCUCUAACUAUAACCAUGGUGUUAUUAAGGAUAACACGAACGGCCGGGAGCAUUGCAUGGAGAUGAACUAUGGAGCUUCUCGCUGCCAGAACGAUGCCCCUUGCUGGUUUACAUUUCCCUUCCUGUGUUGCAGAAAGUUGUGAUGUCCACAUUUUGGGAGAGACGACGUUGGAGAAGCUCUCUAAAGAUGAGAUUGUUUUAAAUAAAGGCACCAUCUGCAAUGUUACCUUUUGUUCAGUGGUCACUUAUAAAAAACAAAACACCAGCUGGAUCCAACUAUUAAACUCUGUAGUGUGAAUUAAAUAACAUCUUUGGUAAAAUAAACUUUAAACAGCUUCUCACUUUUUAA